AUAGCCAAGACAGCGUUGUUGUCCAAUCAGAAAAGGUGUAGGCGCAGCGGAAUAGCAUAAAUAAAAUCCGAGAGAUCAAUGUUGAGGCCGCGAAGUGUGGAACAGAGAUAACUAAUCCCACAAGCAAGAAGAAGAACUGCCCAAAAAAAGAGCCAGCGGAUUAAUAACAUUAUAGCACCGCACCUGAGCGUACAGAACAUCCCAACGAAAUGUCGCGCAAAAUGGCCAAAUUCUACAAGCUGGACAUCAAUCGCACCGAGUGGGAAAUCCCGGAAACAUACCAGAACCUGCAACCCGUGGGUCAGGGUGCCUACGGCCAGGUCUGCAAGGCCGUGGUCCGCGGAACCAGCACGAAGGUGGCCAUCAAGAAGCUUGCCAGGCCCUUCCAGUCGGCGGUCCAUGCGAAGCGCACCUAUCGGGAACUGCGGCUGCUGAAGCACAUGGAUCACGAGAACGUUAUUGGUCUGCUGGAUGUCUUUCAUCCAGGACAGCCCGCCGAUUCGCUGGAUCAGUUCCAGCAAGUGUACAUGGUGACCCACUUGAUGGACGCCGAUCUGAACAACAUAAUACGCACGCAGAAACUGUCUGAUGAUCAUGUCCAGUUUCUGGUCUACCAAAUCCUGCGCGGUCUGAAGUACAUCCACAGCGCUGGGGUCAUCCAUCGUGAUCUAAAGCCAUCGAACAUUGCGGUAAACGAGGACUGUGAGCUUCGCAUCCUGGAUUUCGGUUUGGCCCGUCCCGCAGAAAGCGAGAUGACCGGAUACGUCGCAACGCGAUGGUACCGGGCGCCUGAGAUCAUGCUCAACUGGAUGCACUACAACCAGACGGCGGACAUCUGGUCGGUGGGCUGCAUCAUGGCUGAGCUGCUGACUGGGCGCACGCUGUUCCCUGGAACCGAUCACAUCCAUCAGCUGAACCUCAUCAUGGAAGUGCUGGGCACGCCAGCUGAUGAGUUCAUGAGCCGCAUCUCCUCGGAGAGCGCUAGAAACUAUAUUCGUUCACUGCCGGUGAUGCCGCGCCGCAAUUUCCGCGACAUCUUCCGCGGUGCCAAUCCGCUGGCCAUCGAUUUGCUGGAGAAGAUGCUGGAACUUGACGCCGACAAGCGCAUAACCGCCGAGCAGGCGCUGGCCCAUCCGUACAUGGAGAAGUACCACGAUCCAACCGAUGAGCAGACCGCCGCGCUCUACGACCAGAGCUUCGAGGAGAACGAGCUGCCGGUGGAGAAGUGGCGGGAGAUGGUCUUCAGCGAGGUGACGGCCUUCAAGCCCACAGCCGCCUUCGCUGAGCUCCUGCCCAAAGAGCAGUAAUCCCGGCCGCCAUCCCUCUCCGUUCAAUGAUGCUAUAUACAAUUAGAACAGUCUUUUCUACACCUAGUUCAAGCGGAUGCGCUCAGUCGUGAUUUCUCUACUCGUCGAGUGUAAACAAUCGGGGAUAUUUAUUCUAGAGCGAUUUAUAUUUAGAAACUCUUCAGUGGCUGGAUUUCAACAAUUUGUUUUGACCACAAACGUAAGGUGAAAUAGUAUUGUAUUUUCGAACCUUCGAUUUGCAUUCGAUGGAUAUAGAAAUAGCGAUUGAACUAGGUGCAUGCCUGAAAUGUAGCCAUUCGGAAAUGUUUCCAAAAAUCAAUCAGAGUCACAGCCUUAAUGUCCAGUUCAACUUUAGAUUUGGUGUCGGUUUUAACACGCAGUUCUUGUGAAUAAUCCUGUAAAUGUGAGUGUACAUGUACAUCGUAGUUCGUAAGCGAACGCAUCUAGCGGCCAGUAACUAUAAAAAAGAGCACUAGUGUCUACGUUGAAUCCAAAUAAAUGUGCUAUGUAUUUU